GUGCUAUUCACUGUCAUGGCGACGUUAGAAGUAGAAAGAGUGUAGCUCGUUGGGAACGUUUGUAAUCUUUUAAUACCACGUAAAUCCUCGAUUCAUUAUUAAUAAUUAUUGUCCCAUUCGUGCUGAACGUUAUACAGAGGCAGUUCAUUAAUUUUUGAACGCAAGUGGAGCGCGGACUGUGAUUGCAGCUUAACGCGUUAGGCAAAAACUUCCAAUAAUUGCCUUCCCAACGCUGGGCUUCACCAAGGUUAGUGCAUUGCUCUGAAGAUGUCGGUAUAGUGAUUAUCAUUGCGGGAAAUCAAGAACUGCAACUAGCGUCACUCAACAGCAUUCUAGGAGUUCGUAGUGCGCCAUUGUGCUGUGGUUUCUAUAAAAUCAAGUUGCAUAUUUUUGAGUUGCAAUUCAUCCAUUAAAACAGUCCUGUGCAUCAAUAAAUUCGAGAAAGAAAGAGAAUUUUCGCUAAAGGAGGCUUUUCUUCUUUUAAAACUAAAACCGAUCAGUGUGGAUAUCAUACCACCAGUUCAUCUCAGAAGCUAGAGGAAUUCGAGCAACAUUAACGCAAUAAUGAAGAGAGAGGCUGAUGCCGGAGGUAUGGCAGGUAGCGGUGGACCAAUUAGUCCCCAUAAACGCUACAGACAAGGAGAUGAUGAACUUCGUUUGCUCAUCCCCAGUAAGGUUGCAGGUUCAAUAAUUGGAAAAGGAGGACAAAAUAUCACAAAACUUCGAAGCCAGUACAAAGCCUCAAUCACUGUACCCGAUUGCCCCGGACCCGAACGGGUAUUAACUAUCAGCUCAGAUCUGGAGACUGUACUUCAGGUUUUAAAUGAAAUCGUGCCCAAUCUGGAAGAGAAUGGAUCCAGACAUGGAAAUGACGAGAUCGACGUACGAAUGUUGGUUCAUCAAAGUCAAGCAGGAUGCGUCAUUGGAAAAGGCGGACUUAAAAUUAAGGAGCUUCGCGAGAAAACUGGAGCAAGAAUUAAAAUCUAUUCCAACUGUUGUCCACAUAGUACAGACCGGCUGAUAAGCAUUUGCGGUAAAGCUGACACAUGCAUGGACUGCAUUCGUGAACUGAUUGCCACAAUUAAGACUUCUCCACUGAAAGGUGUUAACAAUCCGUACGAUCCGCAUAAUUAUGACGACUUCUACGCGGACGAAUAUGGCGGUUACGGAAAUCCUGAUGGAAAUCAAGGCGGUAAAUCGGGUGGAUUUGGAGGAGGAAUGGGCCGCGGAGGUGGCGGCGGCGGUGGUGGAGGCGGAGGUGGCGGAAUGGGACAGCGAAGAGAUGGACGUGGCGGCGGCGGCGGUAUGCCGGACAUGAAUCGAGGCUUCCCACCGUCCCGCGGUGGACCACGUGGUGGCGGAAUGUCCGGACCACCUGAGCGUAAUUAUGGUGGCAAUUCGCGCGGCGGCGGUGGCAGUGGAGGCGGUGGAAACUACGAAGGAGGCCGAGGUGGAUACAACGGAAACAGAGGUGGACCACCAUAUGGCGGCGGCGGAAACUUUAAUGGCAAACCCAGUAAGGAUAGGCAAAAUAAUGGAUGGGGUGGAAUGCAAGGCGGAGGUUCAAAUGGCAUGGGAGGAAAUUCCGGAAUGGGAGGACCCAUGGGCGGAAAUCAAGGCAACCAAGGAAACAUGUCCGGCGGAAACAAAACCAGUACACAAGUUACUAUUCCCAAAGAAUUGGCAGGAGCCAUUAUUGGUAAAGGAGGAGCCAGAAUUCGUAAAAUCAGAUCGGACAGUGGUGCCGCCAUCACCAUUGACGAACCUUUGCCAGGAAGUAAUGAUCGCAUUAUCACCAUUACUGGAUUACCGAACCAAAUACAAAUGGCUCAGUAUCUUCUUCAGCAAAGUGUACACGAGAACGCUGAGAACUACUAAAAAGGAGACGAAUGGUCUGGCAUGCGGGAGCCAAAGACGCGUUUGUAAAACAUUUUUUAACAAGAUUUAAUUUCAUAUUCGACAUUAAAGAAAGAGAAAAAAAAACAAAAAAGUAAAGAAACAAGAAGAUUAACAAUAAGACGAUGAAAGGCAUAUCUGUGUGCAUUUUUUGUACACAUUUGUGUACAUGGAAUUAGAUGUGCAAAAAGAAAAAAAUCUUUUUGGUUUUUUUUUGACAUUAAAAGAAAAAAAAACAUUAUUAUGUUUAUUGUUAACAAUCAAACGAUACUGACGAUCGAAAAAUUAUUUUUUUUUUUUUUGGAAAAAAAGAUACAAUGUCAGUAGCAUUGUAAUUUAUAUAAAGAAAUUACUGACUUAUCUUUUUUUUUUUUUUUUGACGUAUCGGAUAUGACUGAUAUCGUGGGAAAUCUUAUAUAUAUAUAUGAUUAGUUUAGAUUAUUGUUCACUUUUUAUUGUCUGUCACCAUGUUUUGAUUAUGAAAAAAAUCCAAGAAUAAUUUUAAUUGUCACAUGAUGAACACAUUUUUUUUCUUUAUAUACAUUUUUUAAGAAGAAGAAAAUUAAACGUUUCCUUAAAGAACA